AUGAACUAUGUGGGGCAGUUUGCCGAGACCGUCUUUGUCACGGUGAAGGAGCUGUACCAGGGUCUGAACCCUGCCACCCUGACAGGCUGCAUCGAUGUGGUUGUGGUGAGGCAGCCCGAUAACUCCUUCCAGUGCUCCCCGUUCCACGUGCGCUUUGGGAAGCUGGGUGUGCUGCGCUCCAAGGAGAAGGUGGUUGACAUUGAAAUCAACGGGGAGCAUGUGGACCUGCACAUGAAGUUGGAUGACAAUGGAGAGGCCUUCUUCGUCCAAGAGUCAGAGGAAAAUGAGGGCAGCAUCUCCUCCAACCUCUGCACAUCCCCCAUCCCAAGGGAGGAGAGCCCAGAAGAUGCCGCUCAGCCCCUUCAUGGGCAGGAGUCCUCCAGAGCUGAAGUGACCCCACGCAAGAGGAGGCGAUGCAGGAGGAAACCAAAGCAGAAGGAGGUCUUGGACUCUGAGUUAGAAGGCUGUAAGGACACCAGAAGUGAGAUGUCUGCGCAGGAGCUGUGCGAGCUGCCAGCCCUCAGUGAUCCAGUGUGUUUUUCCUUCACUGAUCUCCCUGAAGAAGGAGCCAGGUCGUUGCAGUCCCCAGAGAUGCAUCCUUACUCUGAUGGGGAGCUGGCCUCUGUGGACAGCCCCACUCUGAGCCAUCCAUCUUCUCCCAAAAGUGACUCUGAGCUGGAGAUCAGACCACAGGAGAGUUUUCCUCUAGGGGCUGAGUCCCAUGUGCAGUGGACCUGGGGAAGGCUCCCUCAGGCGAAUAAAUCGGAACGAGUUGAACCAGCCAAGUUCGCAAAGACCUUUGCUACUGCAGCAGCUACUGUCUCUGCCACAGUGGAUGAGGCAACCCACCUUGUUGUUGCCUCUGAAGGUCUGCGAGGAGGUCCAAGCCCAGCAGGACAUCAGGGUGCACCUUGUUCCUCCACUGUGUCUGUUGUUGAGCCAACACCUGCACCCCAAGAUGAGAAUGGCCUCCUCAGGCAGAAGGACAUCCCUAGUGCUGUGAAGGCAGAGAGCUUGUUGGAGGCCUCCUCAGCCCCACAAGAGAAACAGGAGGGAGGUGGGAGUGUUGUGCCAGAGGUUCAUCCAGAUGUGGAGCCCUUUGAGAGAGCUGCAGCUCAGAGGCAGGUGGGCUUGGAGGGCCCUGAGCCCCAGCUGGAAAGCCAGAGGAGGGAAGGAUCCAUCAAAAGAAGUCCUCACUUGGAUCCCAGUGGUGUUUACCUGGAAGACCUCUCCAACCUGGAUGAGGAGCAGGUGGCCCUCUAUUUCCCCAGGAGGUAUGGGUUUGACACAGAGCAGAACUCAAAGCCUGUGGCAGACCCCAGCACCCCUCUGUGUGUCCAGCUGCCAUAUGACUUGCCCACCAACAUCCCCACAGACUCUGACCCUGCUGUGAUGCCAGCAAUUGCCCUGUCGCUGUGCGGAGGCCUGGGGGGCAGCAGGCAGAUCUCUCGUGAGAAGUUCAUGAAGCACAUGGUCUCCUACCAGCAGUUUGCUCAGAAUCCAGGACUCAUUGAUGACCCGAACCUGGUGAUACUGAUCAACAAGAAGUAUUACAGCUGGGCAGUGGCUGCUCCCAUGGUCCUGUCCCUGCAGGCUUUCCAAAAGAACAUUCCUGAGAGCACCAUCGACCGGCUAGUGAAGGAGAAGAUGCCCAAGAAAGGCAGCAGGUGGUGGUUCUCCUGGAGGAGGAGAGAAUUCCCAGCAGAAGAGCAGUCGAGGCCAGGGAAAGCCAACAUGGGGACACUGCAGCAGGUCUCUGCCCAGCAGAGGUGAGAGGAGGAGGUGUCAUCCAGUGACAAUGAGCCCCUGCACCCUGGGGACAUGUUGGCAGUGGAUGCCCCUGCACAGAAAUCUCGGCCAACCUACAAGAAAUCCCUGCGACUCUCCUCUGAACAACUCGGAAGGCUGAAUCUGCAGGAUGGCCCCAAUCAGGUGGCAUCCAAUGUGACAACUCAGUACCAGGGCACGUGCCGCUGUGAGGCCACCAUCUACCUGUGGAACUGGAAUGACAAAGUGGUGAUCUCGGACAUUGAUGGCACCAUCACCAAGUCGGAUACUCUUGGGCACAUCUUGCCACAUCUGGGAAAAGAUUGGACUCAUCAUGGGAUUGUUAAGCUCUUCCACAAAAUCCACCUGUAG